UGCCUUUAUUCAUACAUAGUUUUCAGUUGUAAAAGAAAUUCACACCAAUUUGGACGCUUCUUUCGCAAUCUAAACUGAUCAACAAAAUGGAUAACAAAGAAAUAUCAUCGCGUAUUGAUGAUAACGAUUUGAAGACAAAACUUGACGAAUUGCUACACUGGUUCGAGGGCAAUCCAAAUUUGCCACAAAAAGUUGAACAAAUUGUAUUGCUGCGCUUUCUAAAAUGCAUGCAAUACGAUAUGGCCAAGACAAAAACUCUGAUCGAGUUAAAUUACAGCAUACGGAAUAAGAAUCCCAAUUUGUUCAUAGAUCGUAAUAUGGAGGAUGAGAUGACAGCCAAAGGUCUUAAAGUAUCGGAUAUAGUUAUAUUACCUGGAUUAACACCAGAGCGCUACAAAGUGCUAUUUUUUCGUAUGGUCGAUUUUGAUCCAAGUACACGCAAUUCUGUGGAGGAAACCAAAAUCUUUUUUAUGAUGGCCGAUGCUCGCUUCACUAUGCCCGAUGUGGAGAAAACCGAAAAGGAAUUGGCGGCCGGAACUUUAUCUGAUUCGGAUAUUGCCGAAGGAGAUGUACAAAUUGUCGAUAUCAAGGGUUAUACAAUGCGACAUUUGGCCUAUGUGUCUAUAUUUGUAUUACGCGUAUAUAUGCGAUUUCUGCAGGAAGCGUACCCAUCCCGAUUACGGGCACUACACAUUAUCAAUUGUCCCUCAUUUCUCGAUCGCAUGUUGACCGUAAUGCGGCCCUUUAUACGCGAAGAAGUCCAUAAAAUGAUCAAAUAUCACACAGAAGGUCUAGAGAGUUUGUAUGAGGAUGUGCCUAAGGAUAUGUUGCCAGAGGAGUAUGGGGGCAAAGCAGGAACUAUGGCUGAACUUAAAACGAAAUGGUUACGCACUCUAAAAGAAAAGAGUGCCUACCUUAGGGAUGAGACAUAUUGGCGAAAUCAGUCACAGGGUCGAAGUCGUUGGUCUUGGUUCUGACAAACUGCUGAAAAUGGAGAAUUUGAUAUGUGAUUAAAAACUUGGCAUUAGUAUGUAUAUUGGAAAUAAGUAUCUUGCCCAACAAUUAGUAGAAAAAUUAGAUAACAAAUGCAAAAAGGGAUAUAUGUUAUAAAAACAAUAAAGUUGCAAUAUUUUUUUCCUCACUCUUAAGCAAGGAAAAUAGUUUGAUAUAAA